UUGAGAGUCCCGUUGCUCUCUUUCAGUCGACACUAACUAACCUAACUCGACGCUGUACGAACUAACAAGCGCAAUAGAAACAGCAGUUUGUCAAAGCUUCCAGUAAUUCUGUCCUUCACGUGAUAGAGGCAAGAAUAAGUGUUUAAGUAUCUACUCGUGCACGUGGGCGUCAGAGGCUCUGGAUACAAAACUGAGAUCCGUUGCCGUCCAGUGGGUCUUCAAUUUUGACGUCUAACGGUUGGCCAAUUUUUAUUUGCUUGGAGCUCUGAACUCGUACAAAUUAGACUUGUGAUGGGAAGACAACACAAAAAUCGACAAGUGCAGCCUGCAAAAAGUGAACACAAACAUGCUCGAUCAAAGAAAGCCACGAAGUCAUUUUUGGCUGCCAGUCUACCUCCUUGGGUGAUGACGAUCUUAGAUCCUGUUUACCAUGUUUCUCUCCAAUUUUUAUUGCUCUGUCUCUCGGCCUACAUUCUUGUAUCAUUGGGGAUCUGGUUUCCUGGUGCAAUGUCUCCCAAUGUGUGUUCACUUGAGCCCAAAAUGUUGGCAUCACCAAACAUCAAACUACUAGAGAGGACUAGCCAGACGUUCUGGGGCUCAUAUAGACCUCACGUUUAUUUUGGAUUGCGUCCUCGUUUGCCUACCUCUGUUGUUUUUGGACUGAUGUGGUUAGAGUAUGAUCAACGUAAACCGUCUGAGGUAAUAGUCAGACAUUUUUGUAGACACGAGGAUGGACUAAAAAGGUUUGGAUGGACUCAUCAUGACGGUCACUCAUUUGGUACUCAAGAGAUCGUGGAAUCCAUGUAUUCUAUAAAGACGGAUUUUAUUGUCGAUGAAGAUGGUGCUGGUUGGUGGAAGGCUCAAAUCAGUAGUGAAGCAACACAACUACCGAUACAAAAACAAUUUGUGGUGAUGUUCUAUGUAGCAUUAGAAGGCGACAGGCACUCACUUAAACCUGUGACUGAUUUUAAUGGAGCAUUGCACACAAUUGAAGGAUAUCAUCACGAUAUGGGCAGUUUUGCUUUUACUCUUCCUAACAACGUGCAUAAGUCUAGUUACUUUGAGACAAGAGGUGUACCUCUACAUAACCUAGUUGAUGUAGUGAACAAGGUGUUUCAUCAGUUUGGACUAUUGUCAAAGACGGGUUAUCAAAUGUUUCAUUCGGACAAAGCACCACACGUUGUUGUGCAACAGAUUGCAACCACUUUUCCAUUUAAGUAUGACAUCAUGUUUCAAACAGAGAAAAAUAAAUUAUCAACUGUGACACAAUUUGAUCAACCAUUUGAAGCUGAGCUGGAAAAACGUAAGGACAACUUUGAUCAGAAGUUUGAAGCCAUUUUUCAUCUAUCAGACCAAGGAUUUAGCGCAAGACAUAUAACAUUUGCUAAAUCCAUUUUUAGUAAUUUAGUCGGUGGCAUAGGAUUCUUUCAUGGUAGUUCUAAAGUGAAAGCUGGGCAUAUGAAAGAGUCUGCCAGUUACGGUCCAUUUUCGCUAUACACGGCUGUACCAUCACGAUCGUUCUUUCCACGGGGGUUUUUAUGGGACGAAGGCUUUCACCAGCUGGUACUUCAGAGGUGGGAUAUAAACAUCACGAUGGAUGUUGUUGCUCACUGGAUGGAUCUCAUGAAUAUCAAUGGAUGGAUUCCAAGGGAACUUAUUCUCGGGCCCGAAGCUGAGAGCCGAGUACCAGCUGAGUUUGUUGUGCAACAUGCGGACCAUGCCAAUCCACCAACAUUCUUCCUCACUUUAGAGUCAAUGUUAAAUGCACUCAAAUCAACUAGCAACGGUAUCCAGUUUCUUAAAGUUUUGUAUCCACGACUUCAGCAGUGGUUUGAUUGGUAUACGUAUACUCAAGCUGGAAACGUGCCAUUUACGUACCGUUGGAGAGGGAGAACUGACAUAAAAUCUCAUCAAAAGAUGAGGAAAGUAAGAUUUAAUCCAAAGACUCUCGCUUCCGGUCUUGAUGAUUAUCCUCGGUCUUUGUACCCAUCACACAUUGAACGGCACCUGGAUCUUCGCUGCUGGAUUGCUUUGGCUGCAGCUGUAAUGGCAAACGUAUCCGACAUCAUUGGUGAUACAAGUAUGCACAAAUAUCAACAACUGCACGAUGAGCUGACUGAUAAUCAGAAAUUAAAAGAACUACAUUGGUCGCCUACACACAAUUACUUUUGUGAUUAUGGUAAUUGUUUUGUCAAGUCAUCAAGCGAAUGGAGCGUUGAUUGUGUUCCAGUAUUUGGAUACGUCAGUCUGUUUCCGUUGUUUAUGAAGAUCUUGGAUCCACAUGCCAGCGAACUUCGAACUCUAUUAGAAAAACUUAGUCAUCGUGAAUUGCUAUGGACAGAUUACGGUCUAAGGUCAUUAGCAGAGAAUAGCAGUUACUACAACAAGUGGAACAAUGAGCAUGAUCCACCGUACUGGAGAGGAUCGAUUUGGAUGAAUAUGAACUACUUAGCAGUGAGGGCACUACAUUAUUACGGACACGUCGAUGGCCCAUAUCAAUCAAAAGCUUUGAAAUUAUAUCAAGAAUUAAGGAAGAAUAUUAUAGAGAAUGUAUACCUGGAACACGUAAGAACAGGGUAUGUCUGGGAGUCGUACAACGAUGGAAGUGGUCGUGGACAGGGUACACAUCCAUUCACUGGUUGGUCAUCCUUGGUAGUAUUGAUGAUGGCCGAACAAUACUGAUUAGGAAGUAGUCGUUGAUGUCCUUUGUAAUUAAUUUGUCAUACUGCGUAUAUGUGGACUCAUGGUUGUUGUUUUGAUUAUUUGAUGGUGCAUGCAGGAUCAGUAGUAUACAUAAACUGGUUUCAAAGUC